AUGGGUAAGCACAGGGUUAAUGUUAUAAAGGAAGAAGAACUGGCUGUUCAGAAGAGGUCGGGGCUGAGGAUUAAUAACGUGUCUAAAGAAAUGCAGGAACUACAGAAGCAUUGGCACUCCGUGAUACAGACCAUCCACAGCAACGCAAAUGUUGUUGCCUUUAUGAAUUCCCGCGUUGGCCAAUAUUUAGAUGACCAUCCUUUUGUUGCCUUAUCACUCCUGAUGUUUGUUGCAGUGUCAGCUAUUCCCGUUGCAUUUUUCCUGGUUUUUGUUGUUACAACAGCUGUAAUGGCCUGUAUUGGUGUGAUAGUCAUGGAAGGUGUUGUCAUAGCCAUAGGUGGCAUAGCCCUUCUCUGUGUGCUGUGUGGCCUGGGAGCACUGUCCCUGGGAGUUUCUGGAGUGCUGAGUGUUUCUUACGUUGCACUUUCAACUCUGGUCAACUACUGGUGUGCAUCAAGGGAUCAGAUAAGGAAGCCAGAUGUUAAUGGAAGCUUGCCACAGAAGAAGCCUGGCUUGGAUCUUUCUGCCAAUGCUGCAAAGAGUGAAUAAGUGGGUUUCUCCCACUUCAUAGGCACUUAGCUGUACAAUUCCAGCCUUUGCUAUGUAAUUGUUUACUCCUUGAGCAUUGAACCAUUGUGUACUGCUGGAAACUGAGAAAAACCAAUAUACACCUUACACUGGCACUGUUAAAGGGAUGUUAAGAAUAAUAAUGCAGCAGUGCAUUGCAAUAGUAAGUGUAUGUGCAUGAUGGAAUGUUCCAUAGAGUUUGGUAAAGGGAUGCAAUAAUAAUUGUUAAUAACUGUUGAGUCAGUGGCAAGUAGGUGGACAGAAAGGGGAGGGUGAUAUUUGAUUUCUCAGAUACUGGAGUUCUGAAUAUACUCUGCUUAGUACAUAGCAGUGGUCAUUUUGAUACAGAAGUGCCAAAGUUCAGAACAGUAGAAACAUGUUUUGAAUGUGGAAAAAUAUUUGUUAGCCUUAACAACCUCUGUUAAAAUAGUAUGGGUAGCCCCUGCCACUGCUUUAUAUUUAUUAUGCAGGGAAAAGUGGGUUUGGUAUAUGUUAAGUCACGGUCUAAGCUUUUAUCUACCCUUAGAUGUUAUGUUAUUCCAAAGGGAUAUUUUUCUUAUUCUGAUUGCCUUAUCAUAUCAGGGGUAUGCUUAGGUCUUGCAUUUUUUUCCUAUUUGUUUAGGUAUUUAAAUUGCCUGGUUUGCUUUUCAAGUUGUACCUUUGUGUAUGUUGUUUAAAGUUCAUUCAUUUUUGCAAGUGCUAUUUUAUUUUUAAGCAUUAAGAAGGUAUCUAACUACAUUAGUUUAAUAAAGUGCUGUUUGUUUAACCAGA